CUUGUUGCCACUGAGGUUAGAAUUGAAUCGGGCUUUCUGAUCUUGGGAACAUCUGAAAUACCAUUUUGUGUUCUUCUUGAAUUUUUUGUUGGUCACCUGGAUUCUUCACUUCUUUUGUUAAUGUAUUCUCAAAGGAAAAUCUCCAACAGACCAAUGGGGAGAAGGCAGAAGACAUUGUCAAAUGCCUCUUCAUCAAAAGCACCAGUCCAGUUCUCUCAAAAGGGUCUUCAUCGUCAGUCAAAGAUGGUACUAUUACCAUGUUAUUCUCACCCAUCAAUGAAUGAAGAGACUCUGUCCAGAACUAAGCUAUACCAGAGUAAAGCCAAGUUGUCAAUGAAUCCUCGAUGCAAAACUACAACUAUACCCUCAUCAUGCCACAAAGAGUCUACGACUAUGUUAUUACCCCGUAUUGAACCUGAGGUAAUAUUACCACAUCUGGAAACACAAGCAACAAUUAUGCCUUCACCACACUUGAAAAAUUGGGGUAAAACCACAGUUAUUACCUCACCAUGCUCUGAAUACUGGACUACACCUUUUUUUGGCCUUAAUCACUGGGCCCAGGCUCCAUUGAUCCCUGACCCUCUUUUCAAGACCUCAUCUGGCCUUGACCACCUUCCUAAGAUUCCCCAAGGCUGUCAUAAUCGAUGCGAGGCUCAACCAUUGCUCACUAGUUGGUCCACAACUCCAUCAUUUCCUGACCCCAACACCAGAAUUGCAGCUCCAUAUCCACAGAAUACUCAUUACCAGGUCAAAGUGACAACUGAAGCAUUACCAUGCCUCAAUCCUCAACCAUCAUUGAGCUCAAGACAUUGGGACUGGAAUACAACUUCCCAAUUUCGAUGCCUUAACCAACGGCAAAAGAUUGAAGCUAUGCCAUUUUCAAACUCAGAUAACCACCCCAAGAUCACAACUAUACUGUCAUCACAAUCCAGCCACCAGCUUAGGCCCAUAACUAUGCCAUCAGAAUAUUCCCCAGUACCCUUGGCUCCAAUGGCUAUGACUCUGCUAACCCCAAUCCCGAACCAUCAGGCCAGAAUGACAACUAUGCAACCCAGACAUGACUCAGAUUGGUUCAAAACUACCUCAAUGUCCUUACAAUGUCCUAACACACAUUUGACUGAGACUCCACUAAUAUCCCAUUACAACUGGGUCAAAGAAACAUUUAAGUCAUCAAAACUCACUAACCAACAAUGUGCAUUUUCACCAGGACCCUACAAUCUAGCAAAAGUUUUACUAGUCUCUGAUCAACAAGUUAAAAGUUCAGUGGGUCCUGAACACCCAGCUGAGGUUUUACUCAACUACUGGGUUACACAUCAACCAAACCCUGGUCAAAAGCUUUUUAUGCCAUCAAACCCAAAACAUAUAUCUAAUUUUACAGUGGACCUCAACCAACAGCCUAAAACUCUAUCAGAUACCUCCUGCCAGCAUGAGCCAAUACCAGUUCCAGACAAUGAGACCAAGAAAUUACUUGUCACGGAACAUUUUGAAACUCCUGAAAUACAUAUGGGUCACUCUGAUGAGACUUCAUUAGGUUUAAACCAUAAGGAAACAUUUUCACCAACUUCCUUCUCCCAACCUGAGGCUACAUUAAGAAUAAGUGACAUGGGUGAGGCUAUUCCAGACUCUGAUCACCAGGGUAAGAAUGAAAGAAAUUUAGAUGACAGGACCAAAAUUAUCUUGGAUUCCAAUCACCAAGUUAAGGCUUCUCCAAAGUCUGAUGAUUGGGUACAGCCAAAACAGGACUUAGAACACCAGGCCACACUUUCAUUGAGCUUGAGCCAGACAGCCAAGGGUGAAAAGAUCCCUGACCACCAGGAUCAGCCUUCACCAGUUUCCAACCAAUUGGAACAGCUUACACCAGUCUCUGACCAUGGCACUACAUCUUCAAGUUCUGACCAUCUACCAGAGGCUUAUCCAGUUGCUGAGCAUCAGGAUAUCCUUAGACUUAAUCCUGACCACCAGGAUGUUUAUAGAGAUACCUUUCCAACAGAUAUGAAAAAGAAGUCUGAGGAUGUACUAAAUUUUGAAAACCAUCACACUCUUUUCCCAGGAUCUGACCACCAGACAACUCCAUUAAACUUGAAGGACCAAGUUAAGGUUAUAUUAAAUCCUCACUGUCCAGCUGAAUCUUUUUCCUUUGGCUUUAAUCACAAGCCCCAAGAAAGCCAGAGAGAGCCUUCAAAGUCCUUCAAACAGUCAAUACAGGCUAUCGAGGGUGACGGAACUAUCUCCAGAGAAUUUUUCAACAGCAUCAUCAAUUCUAUUCCCCGGGAGAAAAUAAAAAAUGAUAUCCAAAAGCAAAUUCUCCUGAGGCGGAUGAGGGGAUAUCAUAAUACUCAACCUGACACACGUUUAUCAACUAGAUAUACUAUCUGUUUAGCUUGUGCUUCCUGGAUUCCAUAUGGUUGUCCCCAUGUAAAUGGAAUGAAAGAUCCUCAUGGAGCACAAUUGGUGGUUAUGCCAAGUCCUAUGAAAACUUCUAAGGGUGAGAUGGGUAUUAAAUAUAUCCUCCAAGUCCCCCAAUCAAAUACAGGCAACAUUUGGGACUCCUCUCACUUUUCACCUGCAGUUUCAUCUUCCUAUCCUUACACUAUGCCCUUUACUUCACAAAUUGGUCGUCAGUUACCUAAACGGAUGACCUGGCUCGACUUUAUACUUGCUAAAGGUGAUCAGCUAUGUGGGAGAAAAAGAUCUGGAUAUAAACAAUUUAAAGGAAAAAUGUCCAUGAAUUUCAGUACUCCCAUAAGAGGAGGAAGUAGAAAUGAGGAGGUUGUAAGAUCUCUGCUAGACAGACUUAAAAAUAAGAGAACUGCACAUUAAAGAACCACCAUUCUAAAAUAA